AUGUCCGUUGAUCACGAGGACAUGAUUGGGUACGCACAAGAGCUCGACCUGACAAGAGCCUCCUAUUCCUCAUCUCGGCCUGCGAGCAUGGAACGGCAGACCAAGCUCGCCCAUCUGAAGCUCGUAUCAAAGUACUACGGCUACGCAAAUUUUUCGUAUCCUCGACCUGACGGCACCUUGACUCGCAACCCAUACAGACGAGCCGGACAAACAUACUCAUCAGAGGACCUUACCCAGGACUUCGACCAUAUACCCCGACCCCAGACUCCGACCCGUCGGGACCGGUCAUCGAUAGGCUCCCAAAACUCGGACGGAUCGUCGGCACCCAGCCUCAUUGACGACCGUACUGACUCGGAGGUAUCACUUGACGACGACUACCAGUACCACGCCACAGCCUCCCAGCUUUGGGACACUUUCUGGCCUGCUGAGGAGGACCCAAGUCGGCAGACCCCAGAGAAGUCCAAGACCCAGUAUCCCGCCUUGAUUCCGUCACCACACAUCCGACGGGCGAAAAAGACGGGCUGCAUCGACUACGGCGAUAACCCAUUACCACCCCGACCCGUCGAGUACAAUAUCAAAGUCAACAACCCAACACCUCCACCCAAGAACGAUCCUAUGACUGUGUCCCAGCCACACGGAGGUAUGCGAGACUCACACGUCCUUCUAGACCGUGAGAUACCCUCGUCGCCUCCAGAGCCUCGCCGCACCAUCCGCGCCGUACGCUCGUCGUAUAGCCUCUUCCCACGAACCCAACCACAGGCACCUAACUACCCACCACCGCCACCUCCACGCGCGCCAUUCCUUAAGCCAACACCAAGCCUCUCCAACCUUCGGAGAGGCACACGACCACCGCCAAUCCACCUACACUCCCUCCCAGCAGAAGCCGCAGCACCAAUGCAAUCGCCAGCAACCGCCUCUCUCUGUUCUCCUCUCUACUCACCACUCUAUUCCCCUGUCCCCUCUUACGAAAGACCUCACACCUCCCACGGGACCUACUACCCCUCCACGACAGACCUCACCCACCCCCGCUCCGCACCCUUACCCCCUCAAACCCCGGUCACAAACACCACUCCGGUGCCGAAGUCUUUCUUCGACUUCGACUCCGACUCCGACUCGGAUGACCCGGAGCCGGAGCACACCAUCUCCCGCCUCGUCAAGACGCUCCACAAGCGCACGGCCAGCGAGGUAAGGCGGAGCACCAAAGGCGCUGCUUUUGCCGACGCCCAGCUGCGCCGCGCGCGUGCGGACAGCCAGACUGACACCGUCCCGGACAGUCCCGUCUUUUUCGAGCGGCAGGAGAGGCAGGAGAGGCAGAAGAGGGGCGGCGCCGUGUUCGGACGCAUGUUCCGGGGGAGGUCCUACAACAGCUAG